UUUUUCACACAUAGAUCUAAUAAUGAUAAUUUAUUAUAAUAGAUCUACAUGCACGUCUACGUACGUACGUACAUGCACAUGACCUGAAGCUCACCAGUAUUUUCUCUGUGAAUUCUCUACCAUGGGUGCUCUACUGGUGCUGGCUUAUUUGAUUGGAGGUGUGCUAGGUCUUGUGGCUGGAUCAUUCCUCUGCUUUCUGGGGUACAUCUACUACAUUCGACACAGCUACUCCCACCUCCCCUCUCCCAAGCUGCACAAGUCACUCAAGGGGUACAUUUAUGGACACUUGUACAACUUGAUUGAAAUGAGAAAAUCGAGUAUGGAGACAUCAGUUGUGGAGCUAUUCACAAAAUGGUGCUUGGAGCUGGACAGCCCAAGUGCUUUUGUUAUUUUCUUUCUACACGUUCCGCUUGUUGUUCCCUCUCACCCGGAAACUAUCAAGACUGUAACAAUGCAAGUAAAGAAUGGGAAAGUGAAACAACUCAAGACAAGAGUGGGAUGGCUCUUUGGGCAAAGAUUUUUGGGCAACGGGUUAGUCGCUAUACUUGACUAUGAUACUUGGAAACCAAGACGAAAGAUCUACGAUCAGCCGUUCAAUAAGAACUACUUGAAGAGCCUUCUCCCUUCUUUUAACGAGUGUACUGACAAAUUGCUGGAGGGAAUACGACCUCUGGCUGAUGGGAAGACAACAGUUCCAAUGAAACAACACUUGUCAGAAGUCACACUGAAUGUUAUUAGUAAGGUGGCUUUUGGAUCGGAUUUCUCUGGAAAAUGGGAUGAUGCAACUCUCGGCUUGAAAUGGGUCAAAGGAAAUGGGAAACUAACUUUUCUUGUUAGUCAUGCAUUUGAGGGUCUGCAAAGGAGCUUUGCUGGUGGCUUUGCCUAUGCGUAUCUUCAUCCGUUUGAAGUGAGAGGCUACAAGGAGGCUAUUAGGGCUCUGAGGAAUAUUGGACGAGACUGCAUCAUGAAGAGAAUCAGAGCAGUGGAAGCUGGAGAGCAGAUUCCCAGAGACAUACUCUCUUCAAUCCUGCAAGUCGCCUCUACCAAGGAAUCUGUGGACAUUGAAGAUUUAGUGGACGAUUUCGUCACCUUCUAUAUAGCAGGACAAGAGACUACGGGUAAUUUGCUAUCUAUUGCCACCGUUCUGAUUCAUCAACAUCCGGAUGUUAUGUGUCGACUCCAAGCUGAAGUAGAGGAGGUCCUUGAAGGAAGAACUGAAGUGACUAACGAAGAUCUGGAGAAGCUACAAUACACUGAGCAGGUUCUGUUGGAGGUUCUGCGGCUGUACCCUCCUGUUGUUGGGAUAUCCAAACAAGCCAUGGAGGGUGGUAUUCAGCUCGGGGAGUACUUUAUCUCAGGAGGAACAUCGUUAUUUCUGCAAAUGUCAAUGAUGUCCAGGCUACCCCAGUACUUUGACGAUCCUGAUAGUUUUAAUCCCGCCAGGUUCAACCCAGAGAACAAACAACCCAGUUCGUUUGUCUACUUUCCGUUCAGUCUCGGCCAUCGCUCUUGUAUUGGGAAACAAUUUGCUCUGAUGGAGGCUAAGCUGAUCCUGGCCCGACUGAUGCAGACCUUCCGUUUCACUCUUCCUCCGGACUACAAGCUGGUUGUGGUACAGAAAACAACACUGCAACCUAAGGAUGAUGUGUCUUGUACUGUCACUCCCACUUCAAUUCAAUGUCAUAACUAAAGGAUAGCAAUGAUGUGUCUAUAAUAAUGACAAUAGCUGCUUGCACCAUUUUUGGGAAAAAUUUUACGCUGUGUAUUAUGUCAUGUAUAAUUUUUAUACUGACAACCAAGCAUGAUUGUAGGAAUGUCGCAUUAAUUAAGGCUCAUAGGAAUGCAGGCUCCAAUUGUUGUUUAGUUCACUUUUUACAUUAUCAUGUCUUA